AUAACUUUAAUUUAACGAAAAAUCAUAACCAAGGGCGCAGCUAGGGUCUGCGGAGUUUUGGGGUCGGCGUUAACACGCUCGACGUUUUUCCUUUGGCUGCGGCAAUCGAAGGUCAUCGCUUUGUUUGUAGCGGGCGAGAGCACGACAAUAGUCAGGUGUAACGAUUCUGUCUUAGGCUAUUUAUUUGCGAACGUUGCAGGACAAUCGGCAGAGGUUUUCCUCAGGCAACUGUUUUAAGCGUCAAUUUUGAAGGAAAUCGGCAGGGAUUCACUGCUCAGGCAUCGUUUUCGAGUGUCGAGUUUUGAAGAGCAAAAAAUCGAUUUUCAGGGCUAACGUGAAGGAUCUGUUUAGGCGAAUCUCUAUAAGUCGUUUAGCCUAUUCUUUCAACGGAGAGUAGGCAAUCAAGAUGGUUGACGCCAACGAGAUGGAGGAGAUUAACAGGUUGGUCAAGCUUAUGAUAGACUGGAGAUGGAGGAGGAAGAUGAAGUAUUGCAUGUGGUGGCUAAAGCUCCAGGGAGUGAGGAGAUAGGUGAUAAGUCCAUUUUUGUACUUAUUUUUCUUAUCAAAUUUAAGCGAUUUUUGAAUAAAAAUAGAAAGAAAAGGCAUGUUUUAGAUAUUUUGGUUCGAGUUUCAUGAAAUCAGGUAAAAAUCACAUCCAUAAUAUGUUUAGCGGGAUUUCGGGUCAAUUGAGCACAAAAUGAGCCAAUUUGGACAACAAAUGAUAUCAUACCAAAAGAAGGAAACAUUAUUUCAAAGUGGUCCAGAAGACAAUAUUGAAGAGCACAAAACAAGGAACAAGCCGGACAAAGAAUCUCAUAGGCGCCCAAACAGGCGGCCAAAACGAAGGCCUUCGCGGCCGCCUACGGUAUUUUUGGAAAGUCAAACUUUGACUUUGACCGGAUUCGGAAAAGACCGUAGGCCGCCGACACUGGACGGAAGGCGGCCGCCUACGGUGACCGCCUGCGGCAGAAGACGACGAAGCAACCACCGGCCGGUGGGAUUUGACGGCAGGCGGCCAGACAGGAACGGCAGGCGGCCGCCUGCUGGACCGCCUGCGGCGGCCGGGAUCCGCCGGGAUCCGCCGGGAUCCGAUUUGACAGUGAAAAGACGGCAGGCGGCCGAUGGGUGACGGAAGGCGGCCGCCCUCUGUGGCCGCCUACGGCUGACGGAGACCAGGCCACGUGUCGUUGCCGGCGAGCUGACGGCAGGCGGCCAGUUGCUGCCGGAAGGCGGCCGCCUUCCCGGGCGCCUUCGGGGAAAUUUUUCCUAUAAAUUGCCCGAUUUUUCCUCAACUCAAACACACCUCUUCCAACCCUAAAUCAGUUCAAAACACCUUCUUUCUUCCUCCAUUUUCGAGCUCCAAAGGGUUUAGAGAGAGAGAAACUUCAAAUCUUCAUAUCUUCUUCAUUUUAGCUCCAAAUUUCAUUGGUCAUGCAGAACGUUUUUGCCCGUGCUACCCUGACGGUAAAGGCAAAAGUGAGGAAUUUCUUUAUGGACCUGAGUUGAGAGCUUCAAAAGGAAACAAAGUUGUGGGAGGCAACAAAUGGCUAGUCCCAAUUGGUAAAGGUAAAGAAAAAGAGGAGGAGGGCGGAAUAGGCUUGGCAAGCUCGAAUGCAGAUAGAGAACAGCAGCAGGGACUGGACCAAACUCACAAUGGAGUCAAGGUGGAUCAAAAGCGUAGGCGCGUAGAUCACGAGACUCAAGAGUUUGCACAAAAGGAUAUGGACAUGGAGACGGGCUCACCAAAAAACGGGAAGGGGGCGGGCUACAAUGCCCGCCUAUCAGAUAUCUAGAAGAUGCGUCGGGUGGUGCAACAAGGAUGGAAGUCUACAAAUUCCAUCACCUGUAAUUUUAUUUUUGCUACUUUAUUUUUACUUUUCCGAACUCAGUUGCUGUUUGCUUUUUUGUUUUUAUUUACAAUAAGGGAGUGAGUGUCCUGGGUGUUUUGUUUUUUAGUAAGUUUUAUAGUGUUGGAGGCAAUCAGGCUGUCACAGCCGCUAAUAGCCUCUUAACUCUCACUGUCUCAGCAAUUAGUCUCGCUCUUUUUGGGGUGAACUAUUCUAUGUCUGGACAUGACGUGAGGGGCCCGAUGGGCUUUUGGUAUUGUGGGUCUACUGGGAAUUAGUAUUUUGGUGUCUUGAUUGAUGUAAUGUCUCUUUUGGUUCUAAUAUAAGCAUUUUCCUUCAAAAAAA